UUGGAAUGAGUGUGUAGCAAGGGGAGCGAGGCAGAGAGGCGAGCAGAUCGCCGGUUCGCCAGCCAAGUCCGGCGCUGGGGCUGGGCUGCUUCGUGGCGGGGGAAGGGAAGGCGAGGGGGGGAGAAAGUUCCAGCAGGUAAGGCGAGGCGCCCGGCGGCAGCGCUGCUCUGAGCCAGCCGGACGGAGCUGAUCUGUCGGAAGAUGGGCUUUCUCUGGCGUCGCGGCGAAGGAUGGCUCGAUGAAGGGGGGGGUUUUUUAGUGCCUCGCUCUCUCUUUCUUUUUGGCAGGUUUAUUCACAGCGCGGGGGGGGGACGGGACCUCCAGAUCAAAGGGUGGGGAGGGAAUACACACACACUGACUGACGCACACACACACACGCAAGUUAUUGCAAAGUGCUUUUAGCCGCGGAUGUUUCCGUCGCUGGGUGAAAGCUCUGGCUGCUGCUCCCUCCCAUAAAAGAAAGAUUUUUUUAUUUUUUUAAAAAAAAUCCCUCUCCUGACGUGCAGCACGAUCUUGCGCGCCUGUGCUGAGAAGUUCCUUCCACGGGAUUAUUUAAAGUGGGAUUUUACGCCCAGGAAGAUUGUGGCCCACAAUGAACUGGGAAACGGCAAGCCCCUUGCCCAAGUGAUGGAGACUCGAGGGUCAGUGAUCUUCAGCAUGCAAGAACCCCAGUGCCUCUCCAUGGAAGUGAAUCCAAGCCCAACCAAUGGAGACACAGAACAGUUUGAUUCAGCAGGUGAAAGUUCAAAUUCUGAGGAUGUCGACUUCAACUGGGAUGAAUACUUGGAAGAGUCUGGCUCUAUUGCUGCUCCUCAUACUUCAUUUAAGCACGUUGAAAUCAGCCUCCAGAGCAGCUUCCAACCAGGAAUGAAGCUAGAGGUGGCCAACAAGCACAAUCCGGACACGUAUUGGGUGGCAACCAUCAUCACAACCUGUGGGCAGCUCUUGCUGCUGCGUUACUGUGGCUACGGAGAGGACCGCCGGGCCGAUUUCUGGUGUGAUGUUAUGACAGCGGAUCUUCAUCCCGUGGGCUGGUGCACCCAGAACAAUAAAGUGCUGAUGCCCCCUGAUGCGAUCAAAGAAAAAUACACUGAUUGGACAGAAUUCCUCAUCCAUGAUUUGACGGGUUCACGGACAGCACCUGCAAACUUACUGGAAGGCCCUCUGCGAGGGAAAAACCCUGUAGACCUCAUUACAGUUGAUUCCUUAAUAGAGCUGCAGGAUUCCCAGAAUCCCUUUCAAUACUGGAUAGUUAGUGUUCUUGAGAAUGUUGGAGGAAGAUUACGCCUUCGCUAUGUGGGAUUGGAGGAGACUGAAUCCUAUGACCAGUGGUUGUUUUACUUGGAUUACAGACUUCGACCAGUGGGUUGGUGUCAAGAGAAUAAGUACAGACUCGACCCACCUGCAGAAAUCUGUUCUCUGAAGACUGUGUCUGAAUGGCAAGCUGCUCUGGAUAAAUCCUUAAUUGAGGCAGCCAAGUUUCCCCUCCCAAUGGAAGUGUUUAAGGACCACACCGACUUGAGGGACCACUUGUUCACAGUAGGAAUGAAGCUGGAAGCAGUGGGUGAUAUAACGGAACCGUGCAGUAUUUGUCCUGCAACAGUAUCUAAGGUUUUUAACAGUCAUUUUAUCCAAGUGACCCUGGAUGAUCUCCGUCCUGAAGCUAGAAAGACUUCGAUGCUCUACCAUGCCGAUUCCUUAGGGAUCCUGCCAGUACAGUGGUGCCUUAAAAACGGAGUCCAUCUUACACCUCCCAAAGGUUAUUCUAGCCAAGACUUUGACUGGGCAGAUUACCAGAAGCAAUGCGGAGCAGAAGCCGCUCCCCAGUUCUGCUUCAGAAAUGUGUCCUUCAGCCGCAGCUUUACAAAAAACAUGAAGCUCGAGGCUGUGAACCCCAGGAACCCAGCCGAAAUCUGUGUGGCUUCCGUCAUCUCGGUAAAAGGAAGCUUAAUGUGGCUCCGCUUGGAAGGUUUGCAGGUGCCUGCUUUGGAAUACAUAGUUGAUGUCGAGUCGAUGGACAUAUUCCCAGUUGGCUGGUGCGAGGCGAAUGCUUACAAGCUCUCAGCACCACGUAAAACAGUUUUACAAAGGAAGAGAAAGAUUGCUGUCGUGCAACCAGAAAAGCAGUUGCCAUCUGGAGUGCCUGUUGAGAAAAUUCUUCAGGACCAGUGCCUAAUUCCUCAGCUGGAACCAAUGGGGACCAUCAAUGGGAGGUACAGUUGUCCCGCACUGUUCAUCAAUCACCGCUGCUUCUCCGGACCAUAUUUGAACAAAGGGAGAUUGGCAGAGCUACCGCAGUCCGUUGGACCUGGCAAAUGUGUGCUGGUUCUGAAAGAGGUCCUGAGCAUGGUCAUCAACUCCGCUUACAAGCCUGGGAGUGUUCUGCGGGAGCUGCAGCUUGUGGAGGACCCCAGGUGGAACUUCCAGGAGGAGACCCUCAAAGCCAAAUACCGAGGGAAAACUUACAGGGCAACAGUCAAGAUUGUCCGUACCUCCGACCAGGUCCUGGAUUUUUGCCGGAGGGUCUGUGCUAAGCUGGAAUGCUGUCCAAAUUUAUUUAGCCCGGUUCCGGUUACUGAAGCUUGCCCUGAGAACUGCUCAGUUCAAACCAAAACGAAAUAUACUUAUUAUUAUGGAAAGAGGAGGAAAGUCAAUAAGCCUCCGACUGGUAAAAACAGCAGCCGCAGCCUAGAGAGCAGGCAUGACAGGCCUGCCAGGCGCAGGAAGAGACGGAAAACUAUUUUUGCGCAAAAGAAAAGGCAGCCAUCUACAACAGAUGUGAAUACAGCAGGAUCUGCAGAGGAGAGUGACGAGGAAGAGCCUGAGGCCCCAGAGGAUGAGACGUGGAGUGAAGAGACUAGCCCGGAACUGCAUGAUGACCAGACCGACAUCUCUUCUGCAGAGGCGCCUCCAGCUAGAGCUCCCAGCACAAUGAAGCUACGAAGCAGUGCCGAGUCGUACCGAACCGAGAGAGGAAGGAGAGCCCGGAAAGUGUUGUCUGUCUUGUGUGCCAAGGGAGAGAAGAGAGUGCGGAUCAAGCAAGAAAUAAAGCAAGAACCAGAAGAGAAACUCAUCCUGGAAAGCAACCCCUUGGAGUGGACUGUGGCGGACGUGGUGAGGUUCAUCAAGCUGACUGAUUGUGCCCCUCUUGCCAAAAUAUUUCAGGAACAGGACAUUGAUGGCCAAGCUCUUCUCCUGCUGACCCUUCCAACAGUCCAGGAGUGCAUGGACCUGAAGCUCGGCCCAGCUAUCAAGUUAUGCCAUCAGAUUGAGCGGGUCAAACUGGCAUUCUAUGCUCAGUAUGCCAAUUGACCUGGCUGCCUUGCCUUCACCCUUCUCCUUUCUUUAGUUCUAAAGUUCAAACCCCUUUUUGUUCAGAAGCACUGGUAAGAUAUAUUAAAUAAUAACCGAAUGAUUCUCUGUGCCACUGUAGAGCAGAGUUUGCCAGCUUCCCUCCUCAGGAGAGGAUUCAGGGCGGGGUGCAAAAAGAUGGCGGUAUAGCCAACAGUAGAAAGAGAGAGCACAGGGUCUGUAGAUCAGCAGUACAGCAACCACCUUGUUCACAGAAGGUUCUGUGCUUGAACCCUGGCAUCUCCAGGUAGGGCUGGCAGACCCCCAGCUGAAACCCCAGAGAACUUCUGCCCAUCAGUGGAGACAGUUCUGACCUAGUAGACAGACCAAUAAUCGGACUUGGUACAAGGCAGCUCCAGGUGUUCAUCUACGACAUAAUCGGAAUUUAAAAAUGAAAUGGAUAACUCCUUCAUGACAUUAAGCAGGCUUCCCCCACCUGUGGCCCUCCAGAUGUUGCUGGACUACAGUCCCCAUCACCCCCAGCUACAACUUAUUGUGGCUGGGAUGAUGGGAAUUGUAGUUCAGCAAGAUCUGGAGGGCCGCAGGUUGGGGAAGCCUAACAUAAAGGGUCAGGACGCCCAGCCUUCUCUCUUGCUUUCCCAGCACCUAAACUGCAACCACAGUGGGAAAAUAAGUCAUGGGGACGAUUGUGAAUCGAGCUUAUGUCUGAACUGUGAUGGUGGGGAGGAAGGGGCUGGCCAGAGAUCUCUAGCAGAGAACGUUCAGUACCAGGAGUGUGGCGUCCAUUGUGCAAACUGGUUCAAAGAACCCGGGCCAUCAUGACCCAGAGGCCAUACCUGGCGCCAUAGCCACACCUCUGCAUCUGACAUCAGAUGCAGGGGGCAUGGCAAUGUUAACAACUAGGGCCACACACACACACACCCACCAUUUUGGAAGUAAAAUCUGGCAAAUGCUGGGCUCUCGGCAUGGCUGGGAUGGCUUCUCCCUGCUUGCAAAGGAAAGGCGUGGCUCCAUUUCUGAGAGGUUUCAGCCAGCGCUGGGCUCCCAGCCUGGCCGGGAUCGCCUCUCCCUGCCGUUUGCAAGAGAGAGAAGCCCAGCACUCACCGGAUUUUACUUCCAAACGGGGCGUGUGGCCCCAUUUGCUAACAUUGCCACGCCCCCUGUGUCCGACAUCAUCAGGCGGUUGGUGGAAGCUGGUGGGGGCAACUUGGACAGGAGCCACCGGUGUCCUUGUAUACACCACUGUUCAGUACCCCCACCAAACUACAAUCCCCAGGAUUCUUUGGGGGGAAGGCGCGAUAAUUAAGAGGGUAAAGAUACAGCCCAUCUUUUAAAAGGAGCCUUCAAUGGGAUCAGCAAAUGACAGGUCAGUUUUUCAUUUGGAUACAUGCUCAAAGGAACAUGUUAUAUCCCGAGGGCAUAAAAUACAUUUGCCUACAUAGGUAUCAUUUCUGUAUAUGGGCACAGUGUGUGAGACGUACAUGUCAUUAAAGGCAUGUGUGGGCACCACCACAUCUGAUGGUGCACCCAUUCCUGUUUAAGAAAAACAUCAUGGACCAAGCAGCCCUCUCUGGCAUGCAUUUGCUUGGCCUGGCCUGUGCUGAGAAGCAAGGACUCCGUCUCACAGGAUACUACUGUAGGAUGUCUAAGCAAAUGGACAGGAAAGCCAGUUUCUGCGCGCCCUAACUUGACUUGCUUCUCCAUUUGUGUAGGCUUUGGAAUACCUCAUGCGUUGUGGGUUCGGGUUCAUUUUGUUUCCUAUCCUCGGGAACUGAUGCAUCAGUACAAAAUGCACACAAGGACCAACCAGAGGUUUUACAUGCAUUGUAGAAUCCAUGGGGAAGAGGGCUGGUCUUGCAGUAGCACGCAUGGGUGGUCCCCUUUGCUAAGCAGGGUCUGCCCUGGUUUGUAUUUGGAUGAGUGACAACAUAUGCGUGCUGUCUAUAAGACAGCCCUAGGUUCAGUCCCUGGCCUCUCCCUAGGUAGGGCAGGGACAGAACCUUGCCUGGAACCUUGGAGAGUUGCUGCCCAUUAGCGUACACCAGGACUGCUCAACUUCGGCCCUCCUGCAGAUAUUGGCCUACAAUUCCCACAAUCCCUGGCUGUUGGCCACUGUGGCUGGGGAUUAUGGGAGUUGUAGUUCAAACACAGCUGGGAGGCCUAAGUUGAGCAGGCCUGGCGUAGGAGGCAUGCAGGGCCCCAGUCUAGCUCCAGACUUGGGGAGCAGGGCAUGUGUGUGGUGGUGGGGGGUGGGUUGUGUUACUUUGUUGGCCUCUGCUGUUUUUGCUCUGGAAAUCACCCCUACCCACUGCAGCUGCUUUGGGCUGCAAAAAGCAGCUUCAGGGGCAAAGAGGUUCUGGGGUGAUUUUGUAAGAAACCCACUGGAACCAGCCCCACAAAACCACAGUCCUGAGCUGUUUCUGGACCCUGCACAGCUGCAUUAGGGUGUGCACGCAGAGGCAAUGCAGCUCUUCCCCCCUCCUGAACAGCUAAAUUGACAGAGUUCUAGCCUUUAUAAGAGGCCUCUCUGCUCACAUUGCCAGCUUUUGGGCCAGGCUGGGGAAAAGCACACAUCUAUUUGCAUGUACAGCUCCCCAUCCAGCUUGUUAGAGGUCCUUGGCUGGUUCAGGAUAGAAAUGAACAAUUCUGCCAGUGCUGUUUUUUUCCUUUAACAGUAGGAGGAGAAGGCAGCAAUCAGAGUGGUGUCUGUUCGAUACCCUGUGAUUUUUUGGCAUUCCAAUCUAGCAAAUCCAAAUACAGCAAGAGCAUUUGGGGGGAAUGAAAAUCAAAAGAGUAUUUGGGGUGUGGGUAAGAAAUGCUGGCAUCUUAACUUUUCCUGUCCACAGGACAAAAGGGGGCAUGUUGUUAAUUCUGCUGUACAAGAUUAUAUUCUGUAUUUAUAUGUAUGUAUACACAUAUGAUUUUCUGUAAAUAAUGAGGGGGGAAAUCUAUAUUCAGAGUUAUAUUUUAAUUUUUAUUCCAAAGCAAAAAAGAAACCUUUUUACUUGAAUAAUUGUAAAGCAGGUUGUUAAUAAAGUCAUCCAAAAAAGA